AUGGCCACACAAGUAGAAACAGCGAUUGCGGCCACCAAUGGCGUCAAGGCCAAUGGCAAAAUCAAGUCAAAGAACCAGUUGAGGAGGCUGAAGGCGAAGCAGAAGAAAGCGGAGAAGCCGACUAAUGGCAAUGACGAGUCGGACGCGGACGUGAAGAUGGAGGAUGCGGGUGUACCCAUGGAUGUCGAGUACGUACCUGAGCAGUUGGAUGUCAAAGGCCCUGCACUCGAAGAAUUCUCCGACGUAUUUGCUCGCUUCCAGCUGCCUGCUGAGGCCUCAUCACCCUCGAAGGGCGAGAUCAUCUACUCGGACGACGACAUGGCCUCUGAGGGCGACUCCGAGGCGGAAGAGAAGAAGCCUCUGUCUAAGAAGAAGGCUCGCAAAAUGAACCGGUUGACGGUUGCAGAACUCAAGCAGCUCGUCAAGAAACCUGAAGUCGUUGAGUGGACAGACGUCACCGCCGCUGACCCCCGUCUCCUCCUCCACCUGAAGAGCUACCGCAAUACUGUACCUAUCCCAAGUCACUGGAGCGCGAAGCGCGAUUACCUCCAGGGAAAGCGUGGUAUCGAGAAGCCACCAUUCCAGCUGCCGUCAUACAUCGCCGACACUGGUAUUGCCACUAUGCGUGAUGCCGUCAAGGAGAAAGAGGCAAACAUGUCGCUCAAGGCGAAGACGCGCGAACGCGUUCAGCCGAAAAUGGGCAAGGUCGACAUUGACUAUCAAAAGCUGCACGACGCGUUCUUCAAAUUCAUGACGAAGCCAAACGUGACAGGCUUUGGUGAGAUGUACUAUGAAGGCAAAGAGUUCGAGACGCAGCUCAAGCACAAGAGGCCGGGUGACCUAUCCCCCGAGCUAGUCGAAGCGCUUUCAAUACCGCCACUUGCACCUCCGCCAUGGCUGAUCAGCAUGCAGCGGUUUGGGCCACCUCCUAGUUAUCCGACCUUACGGACCCCUGGUCUGAACGCUCCAAUUCCUGAAGGUGCGCAGUGGGGCUUCCAUCCAGGUGGUUGGGGUAAACCGCCGCUUGACGAGUACAAUCGUCCACUCUAUGGUGACGUCUUCGGUGUCAUGCCGAAGAAUACCGACGCAGACAUGGGUGAACCAGUCGAUCGCAACAUGUGGGGUGAACUUGAACCCGAAGAAGAGGAAGAGGACGAAGAAAGCGAGGAAGAAAGCGAGGAAGAGGAGCAGGCUGAGCCAUUGCCGCAGGAUGGCAUGCAGACGCCAUCCGGUCUGGAGACACCAUCCGGCAUGACGAGCGUCGUGUCGACAGUGGCAGGCGGGCUGGAGACACCAGACUUCCUCGAGCUCCGGAAGAAUGCAGGCCGCGCACCUUCAGAGGCCGCAGAUACUGGCCCGCGGUCGCUCUACCAGGUCGUGCCCGAGAAGCAGACUUCCGUGCGUGGCCUCAUGGGCAGCGAGCGUGGGUACGAUGUCACUGCCGUUACAGGGGGUGGCGCUAUCCCCGUUCUCGGAGACGAACGAGGCUCGAAGCGACGCAAUGGCGUGGAUGUUUCCAUUGAUGCAGCGGAGCUGGAAGGAAUGUCUGAGGAGGAGCUACGCCGGAAGUACGAGCAGCAUGCGCGCGGAUCUGCAGGUGUGCCGGGGGCGCAUGGUCGUGAAGACUUCUCGGACAUGAUUGGCAAGGAGAUGGCGAAGCGGAAACAUAAGUCGGACAACGACAGGGAGAGAAGACGGGAGAAGGAGUUCAAGUUCUAG